AAGCAAACUGACCAAAUGCACCCUUCCUUCUAUGGACAACUAGACCACCAGCACCAGGUCAGGUCUCGCAGGCUCGCUCCGUGGCUCGUCUUCCUCCUCGCGCCAGCGCCGCCACCGCUGCCGAGCGCCCCAGCCCCCUAUCUCGUCUUCCUCCACCGAAGCAUGGAGACUCCACUGGCUAAUCAGAUAAUUGUUUUCAACACCAAGAUGAUGCAGGAAGGGCUGCAGAAGCUGGGGCAAAAGCUCAACCACCAUGAGGGGAACAUCAAGUUGCUCAAGUCUGAGAUUGAUGUCAUCGAACAGUCUAUUGCCGACCUGAGUAUUAAACUUGGGAAGAAGGCUGUAAAUGCAAAUAAUGGGACAUCAGUUCAAGAAGCUGACCAGCGUGUUAUUCAAAGCAUAUGUCAUCAGGACAAGACAGCUGCUUCGAUUGUGUGUGAGUUGAGGAACCGUCAUUCUGUGCAAGCAUCAAAGGUCCCACAGCUGAAAGAUGUCCUUGGUGUGGUGGCUACCUUGGGUAAAGUAAAUGAUGAUAAUCUAAGCAGCAUACUAUCAGAGUACUUGGGAAUAGAAAAUAUGCUUGGUCUUGUUUGCAAGACUUAUGAUGGUGUCAAGCUUCUUGAAACAUAUGACAAAGAAGGCACCAUUGAUAAGACCUGUGGCAUUCAUGGUCUGAGUCGCUCAAUUGGAAAGUUUCUUGAUGGGAGAUUCACUGUGUUUAGUCUUGAAAACAUGAGGCCAUUUCCUGGAGAUGUCAUGAUUGAUGAUCCGCAGAGAUGGCUAAUGUUGCAUAAACCAAGGUUGCCUAGCGGGGAGUCUCCUCCUGGUUUUCUGAAUUUUGCAGUAAAUAUGAUACAAUUGGACCAGGCAUACUUGAGUUAUCUCACACGUAAUGGUCAAGGUCUUAGGGAAACUCUGUUUUACAGUUUGUUUUCUCAUUUACAAGUUUAUGAGACUACAGCUGAUUUGCGGCAUGCUAUUCCCUUCAUAAAUGAUGGUGCUAUUUCUUUGGAUGGUAGUAUAUUGAGGCCUAAUGGUUCAUUCUGCCUCGGUGAUAGGAGAAGUGUAGAAGUGAAAUUUGCUGUUUUAAGCCUUGGGUCGUAUGCCCCUUCAAGUAUUAUUUCUGAAAUGGAAGAGCAAAUAAAACUGAAGAAUUGGGAGAAGGAAAGGCUUGUUGAGGAUAUAAAAAUACAGGAAGAUUUGUGGAAGCAAGUUAAGGACUUGUUCGAGAAGCAAAAGAAGCAGCUUAUGGAAUAUCUUGCUCAACCAUCACCGAGGUUGCAGGGUUCACCAACAAUUCGCUCACCAGCAACUCCAGGAAGUAAUCCAUUCGCGGUAACUCCUCGGAUUAAUCCAUUUGCAGCAUCUCCUGGAAGUAAUUCAUUUGCAGUCAAGCCUCCCCACAUGCGCUGAUAGUAUAACCAUUUAACUGUAAUUUCCCUUUUCCUGGGAGUUCGGCAUGUGGCUUCAUUUCUGCAGAACCAAUUGUGUUCUGCGACGUUCCUUAUGCCAGUUUCCAGUGCACAGUAGAGAUGCAACUAGGUGUAAGUACACGACCAACUUCUGUCCAUAAGUUUGGUGUCUCUCUUUGCUGUUCGCAAGAGAUGCCUUAUUUUGUUAGUUUUUUUUUACUUUCACCAAAUUGAGGAAAUGAACUGAUGGAACAUGGAAAUGUGAUCUGCUUUCGCCCUUAGCUGAUUGUAAUGUGCUUCAUUUCUGAACCAUCCCGCUGGAAGAUGGCAGCAGCUUUUGUUUCUUCCAAUCAUGUAUGGGCAAUGAUGUAACGAAUCAGCUUAUUACCAUUGAGGUAGCAUCGGUUAGUGAAACAUAACCAUCUUGGUUUCUUACUGACA